AUGGGAUGUAGAGGACUUUGGUCUUAUCUUCAAAACAGUUUCAAGAAAGUUCAAGACAUGAGUGGUGUCACAGUUUGGGCAGAUGCGGAGGACAUAGCUGCUCAGGAGGAGGUGCGAUCUUCUCCCCCCUAUUCAGAGGAGCACUGUGAGGAGCUUUGGGAUCGCGUGGAAGGGGUACGGCACAAGCUCACGCGCAUCCUCAACCCGGCCAAACUCACACCAUAUCUGCGUCAGUGCAAGGUCAUCGAUGAACAGGAUGAAGAUGAGGUGCUCAACUCCACACAGUACCCACUGCGCAUCAGCAAGGCCGGUCGUUUGCUGGACAUUCUGCGUGGUCAGGGCCAGCGAGGACUUCAAGCCUUCAUGGAAUCGCUGGAGUUUUACCACCCGGACCAGUACACACAGCUGACCGGACAACAGCCCACACAGCGAUGCUCCCUCAUACUGGAUGAGGAAGGUCAGGAGGGUUUGACCCAGUUUCUGCUUCUAGAGGUGCGUAAACUGAGGGAGCAGCUUCGAAACAGCCGCUUGUGUGAGCGACGCCUGUCUCAUCGCUGCCGGAUGGCGGAGGAGGAACGCAGCCGCGCCGAACGUAAAGCUCAGGAGUUACAUCAGGACAGACUGCAGCUAGAGAGGUUGCGUCAGGACUGGGAGUCGGCCAGUCAAGAGCUGGGCAAGCUGAAGGACAGGCACCUGGAGCAGGCUGUGAAGUACUCCAGGGCCCUGGAGGAACAAGGCAAGGCCUCCGCCCGGGAGAGAACACUACUGGUGCAGGCCGAGGACCUGAAGUCCAGGUUGAAAGAGGCAGACAAACAAACCAUCGAUACUCCAGGGAAUACUACGCUAGCAAAAAGAAACAGUUUGCUCUCUAAUGGAGUAAAUGGUGCUCCCCCUGCUUUACCAGAAAAGCCACGGCACCGUACUGAAGUUGGAAAAGCUGAGGAUACAGAAACUAAGAUGAGGGACUCAGUUUGUGCCACUGGAGUCAUAGCUCUGAUGGAUAUCCUGCAGCAGGACCUCAGGGAGGCUGCAGAACAGAGGCAGGAGCUAUGUGAUGUAAUCACCAGACUACAGGGGGAGCAACAGAGCACUGAGGAGCACUGGGACAAGAUGGAGACACAGUGCGAGCAGCUACAGCUGAAGGAAAGAACUCUCCAGCUGGACUGGGAGACUGAGCAGAAAAGGAGUGUGUCCUAUUUCAACCAAAUCAUGGAGCUGGAAAAGGAGAGAGACCAGGCACUGCGUAGUCGAGACAGCCUGCAGUUGGAGUACACCGACUGUCUGCUGGAUAAGAACCGUCUGCGUAAACGCAUUGCAGAGCUGCAGGCCAACCUGGAGCAGCAGGAGACGGAGCUGGAGAGAGAGAGGGAGAGGGGCCGGGAGCAAAUGGAGCAGAGCAUCCCCUGUCUGCACUGUUCCCACCUUUCCCUGUGCAGUGAAGACCAGUGCUACGGCCCCUGCUGUUCCCUCGGCCUGGACCUGCGACCCCAGGCCAAGAGCAGCCGCCUGCGAAAGAUGCCCUCGAGUGGCCAAGCAAAUGAAAACUCGGAGGAUUCUUGUUUCAACUCAGAGGAGAAUCUCCUGUCAUCAACAGAAGACAACGAAAAGGAAAUAAAUCGUCUCUCCACGUUUCCCUUUCCUCCGUGUAUGAACUCCAUCAACCGACGAGUCAACACCGAGUUUGACUUGGAGUCAUGGGGCAGUGAUGAGAAUGAUAACAUUACAGGUGAGCAGAGUGAACCUUCUUUGUGGGAUUCCAGGAAUUCUUUGCACUCUCAUCUCUUCCCCCCUGACCUGGUCAAGCUGCCUGCAGUCUCUUCACACCAACCCAAUCUUAGUGCUCCCAGGAUACCCUCCCGUUCCCCGUCCUCAAGCCCCCCCAUCUCACCAAAGCAAAGGAAAGCCAGUCUAGCUGACGAUAUUACGUUAGUCGGAGGAAACCAAACAGGGAUUUUCGUCAGCCAUGUGAGAGCUGGCUCCCCAGCUGAACUAUGUGGACUGAAGGAGGGCAGUGAGCUCCUGGAGCUGGAGCGGGUUCUGUUUGGUGGGGACAGUGUGCUGCUGAGCCAGUGCACUGCUGAGGUAGCCCACUUUUCACUGCAGUGGUGGUCUGAGCCUUCAACACUCAAACACCAGAGCAACCCAGAGGCGUAUUCCAAGCUGUGCUCCCAGCUCUUGUCACCUACUUUUAUGGGUGCCGACUCCUUCUAUGUGCGUGUCAAUCUCAACAUGGAGCCUCAUGGUGACCCGCUGUCUCUGGGUGUGUCCUGCGAUAACAUUGUGCAUGUCACAGACACAAAAUACAAUGGAAAAUACCAUUGGCACUGUUCCCUGGUGGACUCACACACAGCCAAGCCCCUGAAGGCAGGAACCUUGCCCAACUACAACAGGGCACAACAAUUGUUACUUGUAAGGUUACGAAAAAUGGCCCUGGAGGAAAAGGACUUCAAGAGGAAGUUCUUGAAGAAAGCGCCUGGACGUGUACGAUUGGUGAAGGCAGUGGACCCCGGAUGCCGUGGGCUUGCUUCCACACAGCAGGUCGUUUACACACUCAGCAAACGUCACGAGGAGCACUUGAUCCCGUACAGUUUAGUGCAGCCGGUGCAGGUUCAGACUAAGCGGCCGGUAAUCUUCUCCCCCUCUCUUCUCUCCUGUGGUCUCAUAGAGAGGCUGCUGCAACCAGCAGAAUCUGGUUUGAAGUUCAACACUUGCCCACCAGAGCCUAUCCAGGCUUCAGAGAGACGAGAUAAGAGAGUGUUCCUUUUGGAGUCAUGCAGUCCCGAGCAGGCUCUGGGAAUACGACUGCAGUCAAUACAGGAUGUCAUCAGCCAGGACAAGCACUGUCUGCUGGAACUGGGGCUGCCCAGUGUUGAGGGCUUAUUGAGACAGGGGAUCUACCCUAUCGUCAUCCACAUCCGACCUAAGAACAAAAAGCACAAGAGGCUGAGGAAGUUUCUUCCACGGUGUGUAGAGGACAGCGUAAUGGAGGAGGUGUGCCAGGCCGAGGAGCUGCAGCUGGAGACACUGCCCCUGCUCUACUACACUCUGGAGCCCAGUACCUGGAGCUGCACUGAUGAGCUGCUGGCAGCCAUACUCAAUGGCAUCCACAGCCAACAGAGGGCGGUAGAAUGGAUCGAACUGGAUAGGCUGCAGUAGAAGAGAGAUCCUAAUGUUUAUUUUCACAAUAAAACCUUGAUCCUCCUGUCUGUGAAUAAAGAAUCUAGUAGCUGCAAGCAGGAACCACAGCCAGGUUUCUGUAAAGGAUUAACAUGUAGUGUUGGAUCAUCCGGCAAUUCUAAGUGAGUGGACCGAGAUCAAUUUUGGAUUAAUUUGUAAUCUCAAAGGAGGCCUGAUUAAGACUAUCUAUGCAAACAAACAGGAAUGUGUUAAUUUCCAUCUAUAUAGAAAAGCAGGACUGGCUACAAUGUGAGAAAAGUGAAAACUUUUUCAAACUAAAACGUUCAUUUCUGUACAGACCGAUUUGCAGUUUUCAGUUUAUAUCAACAGGAAUUAUGCCAUGUUACCAUGUUGCCAUGUGACAGUUUACUACACCCAACGUUGUAUCACAUACUUUAAAGUGAUGCCCAAGGGAUCACACAAGGUGCCCAUUUUUUAAGGCAUUCUUUCAGUCAUGUUGUGAGCAGAAAUGUAAAAUGUGAGGACACAAGGGGGGACGAAAGGUACAGGUGAAGGGGAUUGUAGUAUGUUGUAAGCAGAGAUGUAGUGGAGGGUGUAUCCACAUUUUGUAUUUGCAGUAAAUACUGUUAUUUUUGGGCUGAAAUAAUGUUUAAGGUGUAAAGCAAUUAUACAGAUCAUACUUAAAAGUAUCAAACUGAUAUAACUGUAGUUAUAUAUACACAGAUUUCUUUAAAGAAAAAUAACUACAUUUCUGGAUAUUUUUUAAGUGGGCUGGGUAUGACCGAAAGUCAGCAAAUGCUGCAUUUGUAUUUACACAUGUGUACUGUACAGCAGAAGCUGUAAUUCACUAUGACAACUAUGACUUGUUUUUUAUUGCCAUUUAUUUUAUUUUAUAACCAGUUCCAAAAUUAAAUGUAUACCA